UGCGGCCAGUAUCGCGCGCGCGGCUUGCAGCGUCGGACGCACCAGGGGAAAAGAAAAAGAAAUUAUCUUUUUAAAUUUUAUUUAUGGUGCUGGCUGACUUUUGAAAUAUAUUUUUUAAUCUGUGUUCGGAAAUUUGGCGGGAUGCGGUUCGCAGCGGCGCUUGCGCUGCUUUGCCUUUUUGGCACAGCACAAGCCCAGUACUUCGGCAAGGACCUAGGCGCGCUAUCGGAGCUGCACCACGGCGUGCGCGGCCGAGUGUUUGCUGUUGACUCGCGCACCCUGUAUAUCAAGGACUUCACUUAUGAUGGGGAGGGACCUGCGGCCUACUUCUACGUGGGCACCUCUAAGUCCAUCUCCGGCUCGGGCACCCGUCUCCGCGACGAGCGAGGUGCCUCCGCCCCUCUCCGCCGCUACCGGGGGGAGCCCGUCACCCUCACCCUGCCUGAGGGGACUUCGCUGAAGGAUGUGAAAUGGUUCAGUGUUUGGUGCGACGAGUUCUCGGUAAACUUCGGUGACGUGCGCAUCCCACGUGACCUGGAGUAUCCUCGACCCGCCAAGGUCGGAGCCCUGUCCGGAGUGCACGGAGUCUCCAGCGACAACAUCGUGGUGGUCGACGCUCAGACGCUGCUCAUACCCAACUUCUCUUAUGAUGGAGAGGCACCAGAUGCGAAGUUCUGGGUGGGUCGCGGCGACAAGCCCUCGCCCCAGGGCAUCCGCAUCCCGGACGAGAAUGGCAAGGAGACUCCGCUGCGGAGAUACGACCGGAAGACCAUCGUGCUCACUCUGCCCGGGGAGCUGACAGUGUUCGACAUCGGCUACUUCAGCGUGUGGUGUGAAGCCUUCACCGUGAACUUCGGCCAUGUGACCCUGCCCAGCACCAAGCUCAGCAACGUGCCGCCCAGUCUGAAGAUGUUGGGCGUCUCACCGCAGUCGAAGCUCAACUGCGAGGUGUUGUAUGAAGACAUGGCGUUCGAGGUGCGCUGGGCGGUGGCGGGCGACAGCAUCGUGUUGCAGCUUGUGGCUAAACUCGAGGAUGGCGAGUACAUGUCGUUCGGUCUGUCCGGAGACGCCACCUCGUCCCAGAUGGUGGGCGGUGACGUGGCAGUGGCGUGGGUGGACAAGACCUCGCUGAAGGGCUACGCUCACGAUUACUACCUGGACGCGAAGAGCCAGUGCGCGGGCGUGAGGGGGUCAUGCCCGGAUGAGCGGCUUGGGGCCAAGACGAACUCGCUCCGUCUGCUCAACGCGGCUCUAGUCAACGGCUACUCCAUCGUGACGUACCAGCGCGGGCUGCGCGCGGCGGACCAGCUCGACCGAGCCAUCUACACCAACGUCUCCCAGCCGAUCAUCUGGGCUACAGGACCGCUGAACUCGAGGAACGAAGUGUCUUAUCAUUCGCAUUUCUUGAAGGGCGACAAGUCCAUAGAGUUUGGCCGGCCCCCCGUGUGGAACUGCCCCAUGCCCGAGACAGAGGAGGAGGGCAAGGAGCCAGCUGGGGUGCCGCCGCCGCCGCCGCCGCGCAAGCAGGAGGUUGUUGAAGACAGCCCCAAGCCAGCCUACAAGCCGAACCCAGUGCCGCCCCCCAAGCCGGUCCCAGCCGUGGAGCCGUGGGAGAUCCCCCCCAUCCAGUGCCACGAGCCGGCCGAUGGCGUGUUCUACGCGCAGAUGGGGCCCACUGGCGGGAAGCAGGGGUACUCUGCUAUUACUGGUCACGUAGGCUGGGGCAUAUCCUGGUACAUAAACGGGCUGCUGAUCCCGGAGAUCAACGUGGUACGGGGGCGCAAGUACACGUUUGUGGUAGAGGGUGGGUCCAACCCCGACGUGCCGGCGCGCUACCACCCCUUCUACAUCACCAACGAUCCUGUUGGAGGGUACUUCCAUAGGAGCCAGGAGGAGAGGAAGGGCGUGGAAAUCUACGCCGGAGUACGUCAAACCCGCACCGGAGAACUCAUCCCAACGGGGGUCGGUCGUCUCUGCAACUGGACCCCCGACACUGAGGGGCCAGAGGCUGACGAGUACCCCAGCUUCGGGGCCUAUCAGAGGUCACUCACCCUGGUCUGUGAGGAAGGGAAUCCUGGGGUUGUCACUUGGAUCCCUGAUAAGAAUACUCCGGAUACUGUCUACUAUCAGUGCUUCACACAUCGACACCUCGGUUGGAAAAUAAACGUUUUGGACGAAUGUGACGUAGUCGAGGCUGAAGGUAGUCGCGUCGUGGAGAGAGUAGUCCAACCAGAAAUGCCUGAUUUAUUACAAGGAGAAGAGUCCGUACAGGUAUAUACCAAAGUCAAACCCGGUAAUGACAUUUUAGAUCAAAGAAAAAAGUACGAGAAAAUAAUCAACGCCAAAAAACCUUAUAACAAUUUCAGUAAAUUAGAUCAAAAUGGCCACAGGAGCUCCGAUGAUGAGGAAAGACAGGAACCAACCAACAACCAGCCUCAGUACAACCAAGCCGAGUAUGAACUGCCAAUAACAAAAAACCAACUCAAGUCAGUCAUCGAAUCCAUGGAGAAUCUCGAGAACAAUAUGAAGGAUGAAUUCAUAAAGAAUAUCAAACUGUCACCCAGCACCAUUUACAGAGAAGGAAUCAAAGAUACUUUCUUACCGGAACAGCCUUUGAGAGAAGACGAAGACUUCACAGUAGAGGCUGGCAAUGUGCCGAAUAAAUACAUGUUACCGCCGAACCAAAAGCCGUUGACACUUAAAGCUGUGAUGCGGCCCCACGGACCUCACAACAACCCGAAGGUACAAAUGCACAUGGGCUACCGUCGCCCUGUUCCACCAGAAAUCAAACGUAGACCACCUCCUCAUCACAUGGGAAAUAUGGGCAGCACCUACCCUCUGCAGAUGCCCAACCCUCACGGUCACCCUGGUGGGCCUCAUGGCUCAAACAUGAAAAAGUACCAUAAAAAUUCUGGACCAUCACGUUUGCCUCCACCACCUAACAUGAACAUGAACCGCCCUGCGGAACAGAGAGACAGACAGCCUCCUAACAAAAUGAAGCAUCACGGACCCAAUCCCCAACAGAAGCCAGUACAGCAACAGAAACCCAUUUCUCAACAACCACCAGCAUAUCAACAGCAGCAGCAGCAGUUCUCCAAUGGACCACCGCCCUCUCAGUCAGUCCAAUCGAUCAUAAUGGGAAAGCCUAUCAACUCCCUGCCACCACAAAGCCAAACCCUGAGUCUCGGAAAAACUGAUUUGAUUGCCAACCAAGUUGUGAAGAGUCAAAUCACAUUGCCAGGAUUCAACGAACCAGUGGCCCAACACAGUGCUCCGCCAAGUUAUUUAGCUAUCAACCCAGUGCGGUCGGAUAUUGAACAGAUAAUACUAGGAAAGCCUAUGGAAAAUCCAGUUCCUCUUGAUCAGCAAAUGAUGCCAACAAAACAGUAUCCGAUAAGAGUUCCUGAAAUACAAACGGCUAACUUCGAUAUGGAUGAACCUCAACGUCAUAAUGAUAUGAAGUCAUCGGAUUUCUUAGGUGAAUCAUCUGGUACAUCUACAGUAUCUCCAGCCAAAAACACUGGAUUCAAACCUAGUUCUAUUGUUAUUGAAAGUGGGUUUAAGCCAAUCAUUAGAGAACCAUUAAUGGAAAGUGAAGACACAAGAGUUUCGGACGAUGACAUCAACCAAACUGCUAAUCGCCGUGAAGAUACGCAUGUUGAAGAUGACUACAUUGAAUCGGCACAAAUUCCGAACUUCGUUAAUAAUAACCACAACUUCCCCAGUGAACCAAACACACAAUCCUUUGAACCCAUGUUCAUCCCAUCCCCCGAAGAUCACAUGCUACCGUCAAUCGAUUUGACAAAGGAAGUAUUUCCUAGUAACCACGCAAAAGAAGAUCGGCCUCAUCCAGUUUAUGUCAAAACAGAAAGUGAGCUGUCAGCUUUAUUCUCCCAAAAGAACUUAGAUAAAGAAGUUCCUGCAGAUAUGGUUAUGGAGUCAAACAAAGUGAGCCCACAGUAUCUUCCUCCUGACCCAAAACAGGUGAAGGAGCCAGUGCCACAAAAGUCCAUUGCCCAGGAAACGUUUACUACGUAUGAUGGAAAAACCGUAUCAGCUGCAAGCUUAACAGCACUUCCAGUUCCUCCGCAGCCCACAAACAAAGGAACCACUAAAUUGUAUUCAGCAAAACUGCCCAAAAAUUCCGAACAACUAUUGAGGACACCUCAGUUUAGACCAUUCAAAGGACAAAUACCACCACUGAUACUGGAAGAACUGCAAAACUCAGAUAUUCAAGCUCCUUCAUCUAAAGAAGUAAGGUCUACUAAUCUUAAAUUUAAAGACUUCGUUUACUCUGUGUUUGAUUUGAAACCCCCAAACAGUAUGGAAACCGAUAGUGGUAGUUUUAGUGAGUAUUCAGAGAAACAUGAACCCAACCAAGUUAUUAAAAAAACUAGCAAUGAGGCAGUUAAAAAAGUUCAACCAGUUGUAAGUAAAAAAGUACAAAUUGAAAGCAAAAAGACGCAAAAAGAAAAUAAAAGAUCACCUCAAAUCGAAACAAAAAGAGACCAACCUGUAGAAAAGAAUAAGGUACUAGUUGAACAUAAAACAGAAAAUAAACUUACAAAUGUUUCCCAAAACGUAGAAAAUAUUUCUAAACCACCAAAAAAAGAAGUCAAAGCCGAUCAAGAUAGCGAUGAGCACAUAAACGUCCAAUCAUCGGACGAAGAAGAUGGAUCACAAGAGGUUAAUCCAGAAGAUUAUCAAGACCACGACGAUGAUUUUGGCAAUCGGCGGAAAAGAGAUACGGGAGCGACAGAGUUUGAACACAGCCCCCAUUCCCAAGGGUCAGAACCUAAUCAUAUCAAGGAAACGUCCAUCAAAAACCAAGUAGACUUCUUAGUGUUAAACAGCGCUUCAAUUACACAAACACAUUGGAUGUUAAACACAGUAUUACUAUUAUUUAUUUGGAAAUUACUCUGAGUUGGAAGGCUGACAAUUUAAUUUAACUUAUUUAUUAGAGUAAUUUAAGCCAUUGAAUGCAUUUUCGUUGUAGUUGCAGGUUUAGCUACAAUUACUUUAUUGGGGUUUGGCUGUGGGUAGUUAUUUAUGUCGUUUCUCGCAGAUUCUGUAGCAGUAUCUUCGUCAUGUAUAUCUUGUGCGUUAGCGUGUACUUAUAGACUUCUGUUACCAGCCGUCUCGUGAUGCAGUUCAAUACUCCAUUAGUGUGUAAGCAUUUUGUAAAUAUGUUUUUUACUUUUAUUAAUAAAAAUAGUUUUAUUUUAA